CCCACGACGUUAGGAAUGGCUCCGAAAAGAGAAUCCUCCAUUAAGAAGUCUCCUUCAACAGUGACCCAGCCCAGACUGGGGCCUCCUUACCCCUGCCUCCCUGUGGCUCCUGUGGAUCCAAAACCGGCUCCAGAGCAGAAACCUAGGAUGCUGCGUCCUUCGGAUUCACCAUUCGACCCCACUGCUUUGGAGUCUGACUUCUCGGAAGAUCAAAUCCUUGAGUUUAAGGAGGCAUUCUUGCUGUUCGACAGGACAGGAGAUGGAAAGAUUAGCUUCAGCCAGUGUGGGGAUGUCAUGCGGGCCCUGGGACAGAACCCUGUCAAUGCUGAGGUGCUCAAGGUCCUGGGCAACCCCAAGGCUGAGGAGAUGAACCACAAGAUGCUCGACUUUGAGCAGUUCCUGCCCAUGUUCCAGGCCAUCGCUAAGAAUAAAGAUCAGGGCUCCAUGGAGGAUUUUGUGGAGGGACUGCGUGUCUUUGACAAGGAGGGCAACGGCACAGUAAUGGGAGCAGAGCUUCGUCACGUCCUCACCACGCUAGGUGAGAAAAUGUCAGAGGAGGAAGUUGAGACGCUCUUGGCGGGACACGAAGAUGCCAAUGGCUGCAUCAACUAUGAAGAACUGGUCAGGAUGGUCAUGAACGGGUGAAGACGAAGAUCGACCAGCUUUUUCUACCCUGUCACUUAUACCCUCUUUUUUUUCCAGAUAGCUUUUACAACACCUGUCCCACCCAACCUUUUCCAUGGAUUGGUUUUCCACAUUCAUUUGAUUUAAGAAGUGCCUUUACAUUCCCUACAAAGACCACAAAUGGCCCUGGCUAUUGCUGCCAGGUCCAUUCACAAAUGUGACCAACUUAUAUGCAUUCAAGAGUCUUAAUGCUUGCAUUGUUUGCAAUAACAUUCCAAGAUGCAGCAAUUAAGAUGAGAUCAAUUGAUAAUGAUAUACUGUAAAUAUUGAUACUAGUGUGUCAAUUUUGGAUGGGACAUUA